CACCCAGACAAUAAACAGGAACUUUGGCUCAAACUUGACUGUCCUAUACAACUGGAAGCAAAAACGUUUCACUCUCUAAUCUAUAUUUAAGAAAUAAAUCAGGAAUUUGCGGGAAAGUAUCUUAUGUGCUUCAGUCUCAUCAGGAAGGAAGACACUCAAAGUUCAACAGAGACCAGUGCAAGUCUCCACCUGCAGACUGACCUCCACCAGCUCCAUCCAUCAUCAGACUCACUGCUGCAUACAGUUUUUAUCAUCGCUCCAGCAGCACAGCACACAGGAUCAGCAUGGAGGCUCUGAUUUCUGAAGUUAAAAAUGAUCUGAAGAACAAUGACCCUGCUGCAGCAGUAGCAAGGGUUAAGGAACAGUCAAACCAACAACGUAAUACUCCUCUAAACAUUGCCAUCACAGGAGAAUCUGGUUCUGGUAAAUCCACCUUUGUAAAUGCCUUCAGAGGGAUCAGUGAUGAAGAUGAUGGAGCUGCUCCUACUAAUAUUGUUGAAGCCUCAAAGGAGCCUAUACCAUACUUCCAUCCAGACUAUCCCAAUGUUAAUGUGUGGGAUCUUCCUGGAAUUGGCACCACCAAGUUUCCAGCUAAUGAGUACCUGAAGCAUAUUGGAUUUGAGAAGUUUGACUUCUUCAUCAUCAUCUCAGACACUCGCUUCAGAGAAAAUGAUGUGAAACUUGCUCAGGAGAUUCAGAAGAUGAAGAAAAAGUUCUACUUUGUUCGCUCAAAGAUCGACAACGACAUCCGUGCUGCAGGAAGAAAGAAAGACUUCAAUGAAAAGACGACUCUUGAUAUAAUCAGAAAGAGUUGUGAUCAAGAUCUUCUGAAGCAAGGCAUCAGCUCUCCACGGAUCUUCCUGGUCUCCAGCUUUGAGCUCCACCUGUACGACUUCUCUCGCUUAUAUGAGACCUUAGGGAAGGACCUUCCUGAACACAAGAGAGAUGCUCUGUUGUUUGCCACAUCCAACAUCAACCUGGAGAUCAUCAAGAAGAAGAAAGAAGCUUUUCAGUCUAAAAUAAAAUACUAUGCCUCUCUGUCUGCAUGUGUGGCAGCUAUUCCACUUCCUGGAGUUUCUACUGCUUUUGAUGUAGCCUUAAUGGCGAUAACUGCCAGAGAUUAUGUGCACGGAUUUGGUCUUGAUAAAUCAUCAUUGCAAAGACUUUCUGCCAGAACACGUGUGCCAUACCGUGAUAUGCUUGCUGUCACCAUGUCACCACUGGUAGCUGGAGAAAUAACUGAAGAGGUUAUGCUGAAGAUGCUGCCCCAGCUUGCAGGCAUAACUGCACUUAUGGCAAUAGAAGAAGCAGUCAGAUUGAUUCCAAUAAUUGGAAUAAUAGCUUCAGCAGGCCUCUCUGGCAUAGCAAUCUAUAAUGUUCUGAAUUAUUUCCUUGACACACUUGCAAAGGAUGCUCAGAGUGUCUUUGAAAGGUCUUUAACAGGACCUUAAAAUG